UCAUUCAUCAAUCUCUCAUUAACAUGGCUAAGCUUCUUCUGGUUUAUCUUCUUGUCACUCUUAGCAUCGCAUUAACAACCAAUGCGACGACCUAUGUGGUGGGAGAUAGCUCAGGCUGGGACAUCAGCUCCGACCUCGAUUCAUGGGCACAGGACAAAGUAUUUAAAGUUGGCGAUUCACUCAUGUUCCAAUACUCAUCAUCCAACAGCGUGAGUGAAGUGAAACGAAAAAGCUUUAAAGCAUGCAACACAAGCGAUGCUCUGAAUACAUUUUCAAAUGGAAACACGACGGUUCCGUUGACACAGCCAGGCGAGAGGUACUUUAUUAGUGGCAACAAGUUAUAUUGCUUGGGGGGAAUGAAGCUUCAAGUGAAUGUGGUGGGCGAUGCAUCUUCAUCAAUUGUUUCGCCUCAAGCGCAGCCGGAGUCUAAUCUUCCACGGUCUUCUUCAAAGAGCAACAAUCCUCCAUCUGUUAUUUCCAAUUCGUCUGAGUUUUCUUAUGGUGGAAGGGGUUCUCUUUUAGUAGUUUUUCUGGGUUUUAUGGCUACUAUUUUGUGGGUAGUGUAAGUUUGAUGUUUUGUUUAUAAACAAUAUUAAAAUGAUGUCUAAUACCUGCAGGGUUGUUUCUCUUUUUUGGAAUACUAAAUCAAACGAUUGAAUUUUCUUUGUUCUGAGCAAGUUCAUGCUCACGACAGACAA